ACGCUCGCUGCAGGGGUCGGAGGUCAGGGCAAGCGUCUCGCGGGCUGUAGGAGAAAGAUGGCAGUGGAGUCGCGUGUUACCCAGGAGGAAAUUAAGAAGGAGCCAGAGAAGCCGAUCGACCACAAGAAGACAUGCCCACUGUUGCUACGGGUCUUCACCACCAAUAACGGCCGCCACCACCGAAUGGACGAGUUCUCCCGGGGAAAUGUACCGUCCAGCGAGUUGCAGAUCUACACUUGGAUGGAUGCAACCUUGAAAGAACUGACAAGCUUAGUAAAAGAAGUCUACCCAGAAGCUAGAAAGAAGAGCACUCACUUCAAUUUUGCAAUCGUUUUUACAGAUGUUAAAAGACUUGGCUAUCGAGUUAAGGAGAUUGGCAGCACCAUGUCUGGCAGAAAAGGGACUGAUAAUUCCAUGACCCUGCAGUUGCAGAAGUUCCAGAUAGGAGAUUACUUGGACAUAGCAAUUACCCCUCCAAAUUGGGCACCACCUCCUUCAGGGCACAUGAGACCAUAUUAAAUUCUAUUUACUAUUUCUUGAAUUUAUUUUUCCAUCAGUUAUGUAAAAUAAACUUACUCUUUUUCCUCCCCUGGAAAAAA